GUGCGACAAGGAGUCCCCGUCGAAUUUGAAAUUCCUUGCCUUCAGUUGGAUUCCGAACGUUUAUGCGCGACACGCGAAAACGCAGCGAAUGAAGCGAGCGAAACGCGAAUUGCCGUCGCCAAAAAUCAAAAAUUCAAAAUAAACAACAGUGAUCUAUAAGCGAAAACAGCAAUUAUUCAUUAACAGAAAACUGGAAAACUCACAGUUUUAAUAGUCAACGUUUUUGAUUAAUUAAACGGGUUCCGGUUCUAGCAUCCAUUGGCCAUCAUCUCCAACUGGAUAGCUUAUGUGUAUCUGUGAGUGAACCGAGAUCUUCGUGAUCUUUUAGUUUUUUUGUGAUUUUUCGUGUGAUUUGUGGUGCCUUUUGUUUGGACACCGCCAUUCAAAAUCAAAUCAACAAACCACCAAGCACACACUAAACAAAAACUCACAAAACGUUCGCUGUGAAAACAAUAAAUGCGAUUUAAAAGCAGUUUACAUUUCUGUUUAACCGACCAACAAAAAGGCCAUUAAGUGCCAUAACUGCCAAUUGGCAUACAAAUCUCGAUUAGCAUAUAUCAAACAAAGCAAUUGGAGAUCCGCAGCUUAAUCAAAAGGAGGGUAAAAAGACAGAUAUUUGCUGUUUAUCCCAGAAACUAAUCCACAUCGGAUCAGUUGUCAGCACGUGACUAUCCGCAUUUCAGCGGCGACCUACAGAACGUUACCCUGCCGGUGGCCUCCACAUCCGCUUCAGCCUCCCACGCCGCCGCCGUAAAGAUGUACCACAGCAGCGCCGUUGCGGCAUAUACGGACCUUGCUGCCGCCGGGAGUGCAGCCAGUGCCGGAGUGGGAGUCGGAGUAUCCGGCUAUCACCAGCAGGCGGUAAAUGCUCCAGUCUACGUGCCUUCAAACCGACAGUACAACCAUGUGGCUGCCCAUUUUGGAAGCGCUGCGGCACAGAAUGCCUGGACCACCGAAAGCUUUGGAUCGGCGCAUGCGCAACUGCCGGCGCAGUUCUACUCUCCAAAUGCCGCAGUGAUGAUGGGAUCCUGGCGCAGUGCCUACGAUCCGUCGGGCUUCCAGCGCUCCUCACCCUACGAGAGCGCCAUGGACUUUCAGUUUGGAGAGGGACGCGAGUGCGUCAAUUGUGGUGCCAUUUCAACUCCUUUGUGGAGGCGUGAUGGAACUGGUCACUAUCUGUGCAACGCCUGCGGUCUCUACCACAAGAUGAACGGAAUGAACCGGCCGCUGAUCAAACCCAGCAAGCGCCUGGUGAGUGCAACUGCCACCAGAAGAAUGGGACUUUGCUGCACCAACUGCGGCACCCGGACCACAACACUGUGGAGGCGCAACAACGAUGGCGAGCCCGUGUGCAAUGCCUGCGGCUUGUACUACAAGUUGCACGGAGUCAACAGACCACUGGCCAUGCGCAAGGACGGCAUUCAGACAAGGAAACGAAAGCCCAAGAAAACUGGAAGUGGUUCAGCUAGCACUGGUUCUGGAUCAGCUUUGGAGACCAUCAAGGAGUGCAAGGAAGAGCACGAUCUCAAGCCCUCCCUUAGCUUGGAACGCCAUAGUCUAGCCAAGCUGCACACGGAUCUGAAGAGCAGCCCCAGCAGUGGCAGUACAUUGAUGGGACAUCACAACACCCAGCAGCAGCAACAGCAACAGCAGCAACAACAGCAGCAGCAGCAACAGCAGUCGGCUCACCAGCAAUGCUUUCCGCUUUACGGACAGGCGACGACGCAACAGCAGCACCAGCAACAUGGUCACGGCAUGACUCCAACCUCCGGUCAAUCCCAAUUGAGUGCCCGUCAACUUCAUGGAGCGGCAGGAUCGCAACUCUACACGCCCGGCAGUAGUACGGGCGGAGGCAGUGCGUCCGCCUACACCUCGCACAGUGCCGAGACGCCGACUCUGAGCAAUGGAACUCCUUCGCCCCACUACCAGCACCACCAUCAUCUUGGCGGAUCCCAUGGACAUCAUGUAACGGCGGCUGCCCAUCAUCAUUUGCAUGCAGCCGCCGCAGCUGCCGCCUAUGGAGUUAAGACGGAGGCGAGUGCCACCAACUAUGACUAUGUGAACAACUGCUAUUUCGGAGGCACCUUCGGGGCACUGGGAGGUGCUGCAUCAACGGCGGCCAUGGCAGGCGGAGCGGCCAGUGAGUUGGCUGGCUAUCAUCACCAGCACAACGUCAUCCAGGCGGCCAAGCUGAUGGCCACGUCAUAGAACGAAACCCUGGGCACUGGACAAUGGACUUUGGCUCUGUGAUGUGAUCUCCCUCCUCCUCACCAACUGCACCCCAACUUGAAGCCUUCGUUGAAAUCAUUGGCAUUGAAAAGACUUUAGAUAUUAGACCUAUUCGUCCUGAUUUGUAAUGGAGUUUUAAUCAGGAUUAACUAAUUUUGAUGGCUUAAACACUUUUUCUAAAACGUAUGUUUCAGGAAAUAGCAAUAAUUUAAGCUAUUAUAAAUUAGCUAAAUUUGAUUAAAAUUCUAAAAGCAAAGUGGGUGUUUCUAGCUUAAGAUAUGCCUGAAUGGCACUUAGUUUUUAUAUCUUGUAAAUAACUACUAGCAAUUCUUGUUGUACAAAUCUACGUCUAUAUGUAUGUGCUUAUCUAUGGAGUUUUUUAUGAGUGUACAGAUAUUGUUUAUCGCUUCGUUUAUAAUGUAGUUCCAUUUAGGUCCUUAUCAUAACUCUUGUUCAACUAGCUUAAAUAUUUUUAUGUGUAUUCCGCACUUCCCCACCAACCCACUGCAUAGAACAUUUAGUUUUACGAGUAUUUAGUGGUAUAGUAUUAUUGUAACUCUGCUCUUUUGAAUAUCAAAGCUGAAUAAAGAUUGUAUCAAAAUAAAA